AUGUCGACUCGCGUCGCGAACCUGUAUCGAAGAAUCGCUCGCGUCGCGCGCGCGCUGCCGACGAAACGCGAAAGAAUGGACGCGCUCGGUGAGGCGCGGGAGGGUUUCCGCGCGGAGACGUCGACGUCGCUGGAGGAGCGCCUGGCGGAGGGCGAGCGCAGGUUGGCUCUGGCGGAGCACUACGGCAUAGCGUACUCGAGGCUGGAGCACGCGCAGUUGAGCGGAGGCGGAGAAAAGUACGUCGAACCGCCUUCGGUGGGAUCGCAGGAGGCGGAGUGGGCGUCGGCGGCGCUCGCGGCGACGAUGCGAUCGCAGUUUCCGGUGAAUCCGGCGGGCGCGGCGGCGAGAGCGAAGGCGCGAGCGAGACGAGCCGCGGUCGCGCGGAGCGAGAGCGCGCCGGGGACGGGCGAGGCGUGA